CGUUUCGCCGCUCAGAAACAUGCAGACUACCGCACAAGUGAAUUCCGCCUAUUUUCCCAUUCAUUCCUGUACAAAAGCAAACAGGGGAGACUUGCUUUAACUGUCCUGCUCUUCACCAAAAGCUCUUUUCCUCUCCCUCUCUCUGCGUUUCUCGCUCAAACCCUUUUCCCCCUCCAGUACUUUUUUCCUGCCCCUCUCUAUUUAUGAAAACGUCACUUCAAGUCCCUCCCUGUUUGAAUCUCAUUAGGUUUUUUUUCUUGUGUGUUUCUCCCUGUCAAUAAUCCCGAAUCCAGACUCUCUCUAUUUCCAUCCCUCUCUAUCUGUCAAUCAGCGCCGCCUUUGAACUGAAAACCACUCCGACCAACUUCAACUCCCUCAAUCCGAGCGCCUCAGCUCCGUCUCCGGCUUCUGUUUCUGCCAAGAUUGCCCUCUUCUUUUUGAGUUUUGAACACUCACCCAGCCAAACGCCACUGCGAGUCCCUAAACUUAAAACUCGGGAUUCGGGGAUCACACCAAGAUCAAGGGUUUAAAAACUUUUGGGUGUUUUUGGCCCCCCGCAAAAUUAGCGCUCCUCGGGAAAAAUGCCGCAGCUGAACGGCGGUGGAGGGGACGAUCUGGGUGCGAACGAUGAAAUGAUUUCCUUCAAAGACGAAGGCGAGCAGGAGGAAAAGAUCUCGGAGAACUCCUCAGCAGAAAGGGAUUUAGCAGAUGUCAAGUCUUCUCUCGUAAACGAGUCGGAAACGAAUCAAAACAGCUCUUCGGAUUCCGAGGCGGAAAGACGGCCUCCGCCUAGAUCUGAAAGUUUCAGAGACAAAACAAGAGAAAGUUUAGAGGAGGCUGCGAAAAGGCAAGAUGGAGGGCUGUUCAAGAGCCCACCGUACCCGGGCUAUCCAUUUAUAAUGAUUCCCGACCUCACGAGCCCGUACCUCCCGAACGGAUCGCUCUCACCCACCGCGCGCACAUAUCUACAGAUGAAAUGGCCCCUGCUAGAUGUUCAAGCAGGAAGUCUUCAGAGUAGACAAGCACUUAAAGAUGCCAGGUCACCUUCUCCAGCACACAUCGUUGGGCCCUUCUGCUUGGAAUUCCCCGGACAGGCUGAUCUGAGUCUUCACCAAUUUCAUUUGUCUAAUAAGGUCCCCGUGGUACAGCACCCUCACCAUGUGCACCCGCUCACACCUCUGAUCACCUACAGCAAUGAGCACUUCACGCCUGGGAACCCCCCUCCACAUCUACAGGCAGACGUGGACCCCAAAACAGGAAUCCCAAGGCCUCCACAUCCUUCAGAUAUAUCCCCCUACUACCCCCUGUCACCUGGCACUGUAGGCCAGAUUCCCCAUCCGCUAGGAUGGUUAGUACCACAGCAAGGUCAACCAGUUUACCCAAUCACGACGGGAGGUUUCAGACACCCCUACCCAACUGCCCUCACUGUCAAUGCAUCCAUGUCAAGUCUUCUCUCCUCCAGGUUCCCUCAUCACAUGGUGCCCCCCCACCACAGUUUGCACACCACAGGGAUCCCCCACCCAGCCAUCGUCACGUCCAACGUCAAGCAGGAGUCCUCUCACAGUGACAUCGGCUCCCUCAACAGCUCGAAACAUCAGGAUGCGAAAAAAGAGGAGGAAAAGAAGAAGCAGCCACACAUAAAGAAACCUCUGAACGCGUUCAUGCUUUACAUGAAGGAAAUGAGAGCCAAAGUGGUGGCUGAAUGCACACUGAAAGAGAGCGCAGCUAUCAACCAGAUCCUAGGCCGAAGGUGGCAUGCUCUGUCUCGAGAGGAGCAGGCCAAAUACUACGAGUUAGCCAGGAAAGAGCGACAGCUUCACAUGCAGCUGUACCCCGGCUGGUCGGCACGAGACAACUAUGCGGGUAACUAUCAGGGGAAAAAGAAGAAGAGAAAAAGGGAAAAGCAGGCAGGAGAGGGCAAUGAGCACAGAGAAUAUUUUCCAAACCCUUGCCUUUCACUCCCUCCGAUUACAGAUCUGAGCGCCCCAAAGAAGUGUCGCGCACGCUUCGGGCUCGACCAGCAGAAUAACUGGUGUGGCCCAUGCAGGAGAAAAAAGAAGUGCAUUCGCUACAUUCAAGGUGAAGGCAGCUGUGCCAGUCCUCCUUCUUCGGACGGAAGCUUACUAGAUUCCCCCCCAAUCUCCCCCUCAAUGGUCUCUCCCUCCCCGUCCUCGAAAGAGUCCAAACCACGGACUGAACAAAUGCAACCUCUCUCACUGACUAUGAAACCGCCCCCCCUGCUCUCGUCAUCCCAACACCAACACCUCUCCAUGGCUCCGCCUCCACCUUUAGCUCUGUUGGACAACUCCGGGCCGUGCAAAACAUCCGGCUCGGCACACAACGGCUCCUUGGACCCCUCAGACAUGUCUUUGUCCCGACCCACAGGCUCCGCCUCCUCCAGACCUACAUCGGCGUGUCAUUCCCACUCUCUGCUGCCCAGCUCCGCCACGACGCAACCCCUUUCACUCGUAACCAAGUCGAUAGAUUAACUUCAUUGUUUUUUUAAAACCAGCUUUCUCUGUCUGUCCGUCUGUCGCGUGUCUUUUCUUUUUUCAUUCUGUGUUCCGAUUCUCUUGUUUUUACUGUGCGAUAUGGCUUUGAAAAUUUCGUUAAUUCUUUAUCAAAGUUCAUUGGUCAAUAUUUGACCUGUCAUUAUCUAAAAAAAAUGAAAUUAUUAUGAUUAAAUAUUGAUAAUUAAAUACACUAAGUUGUAAAGUAUAGCUUUGUGAAUCUGCCAAUUUUUUUAUGAAUUUUUUGGGUUCGUUUUUGUUCAUGUUUUGCUUUUUGUUUUACAGCUGUACAACAGAAAAAUGCAUAGUUGUUAUGUAGUUUUACAUAGACAUGUUUAAAGACAGAUAUACAAAGUAGGUGAGGAUUCGAUGAGCCCUUUUCUCAAAGAAUUGGUUCUCCUUCAUUAUUUGUAUUAAAUACGAGCUUGUGAACCAAUCAUUUUACAGCUAUCCAAAACUCAGAGGGCACGAGGACCGUGGAGACACCUUUCCAAUUGAGGAACAACUUUAAUCGUGAUGUUACUUGUUCUUGUUUAAAUGUACAGAAAUAUGGGGGGUUACUGUGUUAAUAUGCAUUGUUCCAUUGCAUUGUCUGUUUUAGCUUUUUUUUUUUUUUUUUGGUGUUGUUUACCAGAGGGAGGGAAGUUGACUCGGGUUGGGAUGGGCGGACUUGAUUGGAUGGGUGUUUUGGGGUGGGGGGUUUUGGGAUAUUCAAGACAAACUGUCACAAUGCUAGGACCAGUAGUAUUUAUUGCUUUAGAGAUUGCUUGUCGUAUCUUGUAUGUUGUCCCUUUUUGAAAUAUUUUCCUUUUCUUAAUACAUUGUAUAAAUAUUCUUUUUCUUAACGUAAACAACUCAUAUAUAUAUAUAUAUAUAUAUAUAUAUAUAUGAUCCAUUUUUACAAUGAGGUUUUGAAGUUUCAAAUGAUUUGCUUUGACAUGAAUUAAAUUUUUAUUUUUUUAUUUUUGUUGUUAUUUUUUUUUAAACCAGGAUGCCACAUAAACUACAGUGUAGAUUCUCAAAAAAAAAAAAACAUUUAAAAGCAAAAAACAACAACGAACAGAUGUAUGCACAAUUUAAUUUCUAGAAACAUAUCUAUAAGCCAUUUAACUCUAGGUGAAAAGGAAACUUGAAAUGGGGACGGUGGGUUCCAUGUCUUCAGCAGUCGAAUUUUGUCUCAAGCCCUUCUUUUCUAUUGCACAGUCUCAUCUCCGCCGGACUGUAGAAUUGUGUACAGAUUUUUUCCCGUGCCAAAAUUUGUGAUAAUUUUAUCUCCACCUCUUGCGACGCUGUAGGUUAUUUCGUUGUCCAAUGUUUUUUUUUUUUUUUUCAACCAUAAUUUGCUGUGACGUUACAUAGAUUGCUAUGUAUGUAGUAUAAAUGUUGCUAUAACAAAUGUGUUUGGUAGCAGAUUGUCAAAUAAUAAAAUUUAAACUUAAUAAAAGACGGACGUCAUACUGUAUAAACCUUGAAGGGCCAAAUUAUGUAUAUUAGGAGGUUCAUAAAAAAACUAUUAAAUACUACAAAAAAAACACAAACUGCCACUUUUAAGUACACUACUACAUAUAGGUAGAUAGAACAAUAGGCAUGUUGAUGUUGCAAGAAGCUGUAAAAAAGCUACAAGAGAAUCAUUCAUUCGGUGCCAUUGUAGUUGACAUGACGCAACUGUACCCGUCGAUUACUUCUCUGGUUUAUUAAGAUGCUAAUGAUGAAUAGUUUGAAUGUUUCCUUAACGGCUGUGAUGUUCCUGUUCUCUUUUAUGCUCUUAUAUUUUUUAUUUUGGUUUUUAUUUCAUUUUUUCUUUUUUUCAUUUUGUUUUCCAUUAUUUGAAAUGGUUCCCAAAAACCAUGUUUUGUAAUGAAUAAAUGUUAAUGCUGUACAGUCUCUGUAGCAUGCAGUUCUGUAUUAAUAAAAGCGAGUUAGUAUGUGAACUUG